AUGAAGUGUAAUUCCUACCUUCCCCUUGUUGUGGCGGCCUUGGUUUUCACCAGGAGUGUUGCCGUGCCUUUGGCAGAUGAGCACCAAGUAACUUCGUUCGAGAACAACCAUCCCAAGAAGAAAAACCAUCACAAGAAAUACCGUGGUGUCCGAGGUGGAAGGAUCCGCCGAAACCUGGUUUCACACAGUGAUAGAUUUCUUGACGCCUCAGAUAUUGCAAAUCUAGUUGGAGGAGGAGACAGAAUAAGCAGAAGAGGUGUGGGAGGAGACGACCUCGGCGACGACCGCGGCGGCAAUGCAGACAAAGGACACAACGGCGCUGACAAAGGAUACACUGCCGACAAGGCUGAUAAAGGAGGCACAGGAGACAAAGCAAACAAGGGCACUGACAAAGGAUAUACUGCCGACAAGGCUGAUAAAGGAGGCACAGGACACAAAGGAAACAAGAGCACUGACAAAGCAAACAAUGGCGCUGACAAAGGAGACAAUGCCAACAAGGGAGACAAAGCUGGUGCUGACAAGGGAGACGUGGCAACAGCCUAUGACAUCCCAACAACAACUGUUGGAGCCGAAACACAUGACAAUGGAGCCUAUGCUACCCCAACAACGACUGGUGGAGUCGAAACGCAUGACAACGGAGACAAUGUGGCAACAGCCUAUGACAUCCCAACAACAACUGUUGGAGUUGAAACACAGACCGAAAAAUUGAUCUUCGAGGAAGGUUUUGAGAUUGGUUUCAAGCAAGGGUUUGAGCAUUAUCAACACCAUGGUGCUACUAUAGGUGAUUUCACAUCAAUAUACAGAAACACAAUGUCCAUGGAAGCUUGUGUUGAAGACCAAAACGGCGAGAACCACUACCAAAAAGUGCUUUCCUGCAUGGAAUCGUACCAAGUUGGUUUCAUGAGUGGCUUUGAGAGAGGAUUCAGCGAGGCUGGGAGCAGUGCCAACUCCGGAGAAGACAAACUCCCCAGCAAGAAUUGUGGAGGCUAUGAGACCCAAUCUAGUGGUACCACCGAGGACGAAGAAGAAGAGUCUGAGCAAAACGAAUACCAUGAGACUGCAUCUAGCAGUACCGAGGGCGAAGAAGAAGACAAAGAGUCCGACAAAGAGUUCGAGCAAAACGACUACAUGUACUAUGGGACCGGAUCUAGCAGUACCACUGAGGAUGAAGAAGACGAGGAGUCCGAGCAAAACGAAUACUAUGAGAUUGGAUCUAGCACGACCACGGAGGACGCUGAAUACAAAGAGCAAAACCAAGACUACUCAUCCCAGCAAUCUGCCGAGGACGAAGAAUACGAACAGCCAAACCAAGACUACUCAUCCCAGCAAUCUGCGUUCCGGUACAUAGAUACACCUCAAUUCCCCAGCAACUGUGAGCUCUCAGGAGGAGCAGUUUUGAUGUGCAAGGAUGAUGAAGGUAACACCUUCAAACCUGUCAAAUGUGGAGACGGCGCACUAGCCGCAGCUUGUGGACUCUGUAUGGAUGGAGUGGAAAGAACGAGUUAUGUCCAUUGCCUGGGUGUUGACUGUGUCUACAAUCCACAAGACCAGGAAUGUGUUUCAAGCAGCGUGUAG